AUGGCGUCCAAAUCUUACAGUCGGCUCCCUGUGGGCAAUAGGCAAUUUACUAAGGCUGGUGUUGUGAUCAUUGGAGCUGGCAUUUCGGGACUGUGCGUUGCUAUUGAUUUGAUAAAGAAUAACAUCCAUAACUUCGUUAUUCUUGAGAAGAGUGCCGGCCUCGGUGGGACGUGGCGAGACAACAAAUAUCCAGGAUGCUGCUGCGAUGUGUUCUCUCAUCUUUAUAGCUUUUCCUUCGAGCAGAACCCGGGCUGGAGCCGGCUGUAUGCUGACCAGCAGGAAAUUUUGGACUAUCUGAGAAAAGUAGCAGAGCACUAUAGUCUGUACAAGUAUAUUCGUUUUAGCUCUGAGGUGGAGGAGGUGCGAUGGGAUGAAUCCAAUAGCAAAUGGUGCACAAAAGUCAAAGUGAUUGGUAGCAAGGAUAUCGAAUUUGGAGAAGAAUAUUCAAUCAGCUCGGACUUUCUAGUAUCCGCCAUUGGUCAGCUGAAUUACCCUUAUUAUCCAUCGAUAUCGGGAAUCGAAACCUUCAAGGGAAAGAUGAUGCAUUCUGCAAGAUGGGACUGGAGCUAUGACCUGAAGGAUAAGAAGGUCGGAGUUAUAGGAAAUGGUGCUACUGCUGUCCAGAUCAUCCCUGAAAUUGCUAAAGAAGUAUCUCAUCUUACUAUCUUUCAGCGAACGCCAAACUGGGUCACACCACGUAUGGAUAUGUCUGUCUGGGCACCACUUCAAGCUAUUUUCCGAUACUGUCCUCCUACUCUGUGGAAACUACGAGCCUUGAUAAUGGACUUGCGUGAGCACAUUCAUGUGAUCUUUAACAAUCCCGAUUCCACAAUGGCCACCAUGCUCCGGGAUGCAAGCCUUAAGAUGAUGCACAAGUCUCUCCCUAAUCGACCUGACCUAUGGGAAAAACUUACUCCAGAUUAUCCCCUUGGAUGCAAACGCAUCCUUCUUAGCGAUGACUACUUUGGUACUCUGGCUCGUGAAAAUGUUUCUCUCGAAACAAAUCAUAUUGAUAGUAUCACCGAGAAAGGUCUCAUAAUUGACGGUGUCGAGCAGGAACUCGACGUGAUUAUUCUCGCCACUGGAUUCCGCACAGUUGAAUUCAUGCACCCUAUUAAGGUCUACGGCAAAAAUGGGAAGCCUCUAACCGAAAUCUGGAAAGGCAAGCCGCGCGCUCUAUAUGGCGUCACGGUCGAAGAUCUUCCCAAUUUCGGUAUGCUCUAUGGGCCCAACACGAACCUGGGUCACAGUUCUAUUAUCCUCAUGGUGGAAGCUCAAUCCCGCUAUAUCCUCGCCAUGAUACGUGCCAUUUUGCGCGCUAGGGAACGUGGUGAAGCGCUCUCUAUAACGCCUAAAUUAGAACGAAUGGAGCAGUUCAACUCUGAUCUGCAAAAAGAACUCUCAGGAACUUCAUUUGCGUCGCCUAAUUGCCAGAGUUGGUAUAAAACUGCAGACGGAUUGAUAACGAACAACUGGUCUGGCCCCGUGGUAGAUUACCAGAAACUCUUGGCCAAGCUGGAUUGGAAUGACUUUGACUUAGAAGGUAACGGCGCAGUUGGCAUGAAGAAAACCCGUAUUACCAAUUUGGGGCGGGUCAGGGAGGAGUCCAUAGUCGGUAUUAAUGCUUUGGGUUUUACUCUAGCAGGCACCCUUGCGGUUGUUGGCGCUUUAGCCUAUAAAGCGCCUCACCUGCUCCCGAGAUGGCGAUGA